CCCUCCAUCAGUACUCCUUUAGAGAGCAGAUAGUGUCUUUCAGAGCAGAAGUGCAGACAUCAUGCGGGUGGCUUUAAUGCUCUUGUUUCUGAUGUGGCUAUCCUCAUGUGAGAGCCGCAGGUUGGGUCGCUGUGAUGUUGUCCGUAUAUUCAGGAAAGAGGGACUUGAUGGCUUUGAAGGAUUCUCACUUGGCAACUAUGUGUGCACAGCCUUCUGGGAAACCAAGUUUAAGACACACAAAGUGCGAACAGCUGACGUUGGAAAAGACUAUGGUAUCUUCCAGAUUAACAGUUUCAAAUGGUGUGAUGAUGGCACUCCAGGAGGAAAAAACUUGUGCAAUGUGCCCUGUGCAGAUUUGCUCAAGGAUGACUUGAAGGCUUCAGUUGAAUGUGCAAAGCGCAUUGUGAAAGCUGAAGGCCUGAAAUCAUGGGACACCUGGGAUAGUAACUGUAAUGGCCGUAAAAUGUCACGCUGGGUGAAAGGUUGUGAUGAGCACAAACAAGGCCUUGAUUGCCAGGGGAAACUUUAAUUCGCUAUAAUGCCCUCUGAAUGUGAUUAAAUGUAUUUUACACUCUUGAUAAUGUAAUAUUUUGAAAUGAAACAAAAUAUUUGUAACAAUGCUUUGUUCAGGUGUUUGAGUGUAUAUUAAAGGAUCUUCCCAAUGUGUAUUGUAAACCAUCUGUGCUGGUAAUGCUUUUCUUUCUGACUUAAGUACAUUGAUGAAUAUUUGUAGUUAUCCAUUCCUUUUCCUUUAGUCAGAAUCAAAUACUAAUUGCCACUAUUGGUAAAUGUAUGAUUAGGUUUGGUAGCAAUAGUUGAAUCAUAGUUAAUAGUAGGAUUUGAUUCUCUGCCCCACUUUCAUUGGCAUCUGGGUUAUUCCCAUACUCUAUGAAUUGUGUACACAUCCACAAUAAAUGAAAUACAUCCAC